AUGGUUUCCUUCAAGAAGAUCUUCACCGCCGCCGUCGCCGUGUCCGUGCCAGUGACCAUGGCAGCAACAGCUGCUGAUGUCAUUUCCGGCCUCAACGAUGUGACCACACGCGUGAAAGCGCUCCAGACCACCGUCAACCAGCUCACCUCUGCCAACGCCGCCAUCAUCUUCCCUCAAAUCGUUUCCGGCCUGACCACCGUCACCACCGGAACCACCACGGCCGUCGGGCUCGUCCGCACACUGCCCACCGUAUCCUCCGCCACCGACACGACCGCCAUCCUGUCCGCGCUCACUGGCAUGACCACCGCGACCCAGACGCUCAUCACCUCCCUCACCGCCAAGGUCGCGCUUCUGAAGAACAUCCCGGGUGCUGGAGCACUAUUGAACACCGCCGUGCAGGCCCUGACUUCCGGCGUCUCCUCACUCCUGAGCGCUCUCACGUCCGCUGUCGCAUCCGGCGCCAGCCAGAUCUCGACCCUCACGUCGACGGUCACAGGCCUGCUCCAGAGCCUGUUGAGCGCCAUCUCAAGCGUUCUGGCGAAGCGCGAGGCACAGCCCAUCUCGCGCAUCAUGCGCGGUGUAGAGGGUGUUGAGAUGAUGCAGGAGGUCGCUGUUGAGGCGUAA